AUGACAAUUCAUUUCCCUCCCUCUUCUCCUACCAUGGCAUAUGAAGAGCCAGUGGGAAAGGAUAAUUCAAUCAAAAAUAAGUAUUCAACUUUUUCUUCUGCAACAGACAAUGGUAGUGUUAUUGACUUUGCUGGCCAAUCGAACGACCCAUUGUUAUACCCUACUCCUAAUCCAUCAUCGUCUACCGGGAACGCCAAUAUUUUGGUUUCACCAGACUCUAAAACUGAGAACCUGGAAGAACGGAAGGGGCAAGAAUAUUACGUGAAUGAAUUAAAAUCGUCCCCAACACGGCCCUCGCCAACGAGCUCGGAUUUAGCCUUAGAAAAUGAGCUUAAGAAAGAUUUACUGGCACAGGAAAAAAAGUCUUCUUCCCCAUACAAUAAUGUUAAAUUUCAAGUACAAGAAAAGGGGUAUCCUUUAAUCUUCAUUCCUAUUAAGCCAACGGACAAACAAUCACUGACAAUUGGUAGAAAAUCUGCUAUUUGUGAUGUGCUAUUGCCCAAAUAUAAAAAUGUUAGCCGUCAACAUGCUUCGAUUACCUAUUAUCCAAUUACUAACAAAAUUAAGUUAAAGUGUUUAGGUUGUAAUGGUUUGUGUGUUGUGUUUCCUCGUAAGUUAAAUUAUGAUUUGGUUAAAAACUUGGCAGACAAUGUAUUUGAACUGAUUUCUACUGCUGACAUUGAUUUGGAAAACGGCGAUGUAUUGGUUACAGACAGGGAAAUAAUUAAGAAAAGGAAUUUGACUUCAUUCAUCAUGAAGCAGAAUGAAACAUGUUACAUGCCCUUUUUGCCAGAAACUGUUUUAGACUUCGGAAAAGUAGACGCUAUUUUAACUUUAGUGGAAGAUACUGAAGAGGAUGAUGACAGUGAUGUUACUGAAAGUGAUUUUUCUCCCUUCCAAUUAAGUGCUGCGAAAACCGUUGAUGAAAUUUCUGUUGAGAAUGACAACAGCACUAAACUCAAACAAUCUCCAGUAACACCAAUUGUUGUUACCGAUAUUCAACCUAUUUUCGAAACACCCACCAGGAAUGGUAUUUAUUCCCAGAAAAAGAUUUUAAAGGAAGUAAAUACACAACUCCCCUUUGAACAAAAAGAACUAACAUUAUCAAUAAUAAAGAACCCACCACACACGCCCCUUAAACAAAAUGAGACUAAUGACGGUAACGACAUUGAUAUCCAGUCUCCAAUAAAACACAAACCAAUAGAAGAGCAACAAAAUAAAAAAAGAGCACAGAGCGAAGAUCAUGGCAAGGAUUCCAAAAAAAAUAUCAAAAAAUUAAAAUUAACAAAAGAUGAAAUUAUAUUUCAAUUGAGAGCCAAAUCCGUUAAUAUCGAGGAUUUGAAACGCUGUCUAAUAAACCAUUUGGCUUUUGCCACCAUUCAGCAGGUACCACUAAGUGUAUUAGCACCUGUAAAUUCCACUACUCAAAAGAUGUCCAAAUCCGAGUUACGUGCAGUACUACAAACUUGCGAAUGUCUAGGGGUUAUUAAUCGUGUUGGCAAAGAUGCAGCUGGUAAACCGCUGGAGGAAGAAUAUUUUUAUGAACUUGAAAAAGAUGAUGAUGAAGAAAGGAAAAACCUAAUAAGGUCAUUAAAGGGUGGGAGAGCUGGACUAAGGAGUUGUAGGAGAACCCAUAAACAAUAUUUUUGGAAAAAACCAAAGAAAUAA